AUCCUGAGCGUGACUGCCCUUCUGUCAAGCGGGAGCUGCUGUCGGACUCCGUGAACCUGAGGACCACCUAAGAAGGCAGCGAUGGAAACCAGGGCGCUUCCCACCAUAGCUCGUGGAUUGGUGGGAGGUCUGUUUGGCAAGGCCAGCAGGGACUUGGUGCUGUCGCAGCCAAUCGCCGCGCUACUCGUGGUUCUCGCCCUGGUUUUCCUGUCGGUCUGCGCCGACGCUGCCACAGCCUGCCCUGCAGGCUGUACGUGCCAGCACAGUGUCGAGCGGGUAUCCUGCGUCGGGCUCACCAGGGUGCCCAGGUUCCUCGGCCACUCCCCCAGGAUGCUGAGCAUCACUCAGCACCGGAUAACCACACUCGACAGCUGGUCCUUCAGAGGACUGGAGCAACUGGAAGUAUUGGAAAUCACCGAGGGUCGCCUGUCUGAGAUAUCCCCCGACGCAUUCUACGCGCUGAGAGACCUCAAGGAGGUCAACAUCUCACACAACGAGCUGAACGUGCUGCCCCGCGACGCGUUCGCAGAGUGCCGCCGGCUGGAGCUUCUGGACCUGUCCUGGAACCCGCUGGUGCUUCCUGGCCGGGGCCCCAUGCUGGUCUCCAGCUCGCUGUCCGCCCUCGACAUGUCCUUCUGCAGCCUCGGCAAACUACCGGACCAGGUUUUCUCCAAGGUGCCGGCUCUCAGCGAAUUACGACUGCGGGGUAACAACCUCCAGCUCGUCCCCGAGUGCAUUCUUGAACCGAUCCCCCAUCUGAUACUGCUGGACGCCGAUCUGACGUUCCAGUGGACGGAGUGCUCUUCCCAGGAGACGACGACGACGAGAGGCACUCGGCAGGUGAAUAAGGUGGGAGACCCUGGGAGCGGGCGGGACCCCGCCGAGCAGCAGGCAACAGGCGAAGUUCUCACAUACACAGAGGUGACCUUCAUCCCCACCCUGGCACAGUGGGUCUUUCUCGUCGUUACAGCACUACUUACAGCGUUGCUGCUCACCUACAUUCGCAAAGCGUGUGAAAGAGGUCAACGUCAAGAGGAACACAUAUACGAGAUUCUAGGUGGUAGUCAGACAGUUCGCAUACCAAUUACAAACACGAAUUCGGGACAAGCAGCAAGUCGACCAGCUCCUGCGAGCAUUUAAGCUAUCUGGCAACCAUUUCCUCAGGUGACGGGGAGAGCCGUUAUGUUAUUCCAGUACCGGGGUACGUUUUGCUUGCAAAAAAGAUUUCAUAUUUUUAUGUCGUGUGUAUAGUUGUCAGUACAUUUAAUCCACGUUUUCGAUCUCGAAAACCCUCGGGACAACUUUUUGCAGCCAAAAGCCCAAGAAAUUUUGGCACUUUUUUUAAAGCUUUCGCCAAUUAUUCGGAAAUUAUCCAUCCUACUUUAAAUGUUACCCUAACCAAACUCAAAGAGCAUUAAAUGUUGACCUGAAUGACCUAUGUAAAUGAGAAAAUCGGUGCAGCCAUUUGGCCGCAAUCUGUUGUCGAACUUCAUUCAUUUUUAUCAGUUCAGCUAAAAAGUCGGCUCGAACGCCUGUAACUCAGAAGCGACUACUCCAAAGGAAAAAUGUCACGUUAUCAAAGUUAUAAAGUAAGGAAUUUCGUACUACAAAACCAUCUAGUUUUUCAGUUUUAGGCGCUAUUAAACGUUUGUGCACCUAAAAGCCAAAGUAAUUACAUUCUAUUGUUUUUCUUUGAAGUUGCAGUUAUUCAAUGAAAUGAAAUCUCCAGUGAGGAGAUGUUCUGCGUGUGUAUCAUUUUUAAUUUUCUCCGUUCAAUUAUGUUUUUAUUCGUUUUUACACAUGUCUUAAUUGGUAUGAUUCGGUGGCUAAAAUGAAAACGAAGUAAAUAGUAAUGGACGUAUGAGUCACAUAAAAAUUUGUACUAAUGAAGAAAUUAAAUGGUAUGACAACAUUUAAAAAAACAAUAAUAUAUCAGAAAUUAACAUUUCAUCAAGUUUCAAUUCCAUCGCCAUCGUUUGGGAGACUCCGGCAUGUCCCGCUCCCAGCAUCCGAUCUCCUGUGUGACCAGCUUCCUCGACCUGGAACAUGUCUUCUACCUUCUCUACAUCCUUGCCGGGUCCAGUUUCUGAGCGUUCUCGCAAGAUAAGCCAUAAGAGUGUUUGUACACCAUUGAGCACUUCAGUCCAAAUUUGGGACAUCCACAUGCUGCUGUCCACCUCGUUCUGCGUGCACAGAAAACCAUGUUCAGUAGCGUGUCUGGAGCCGCAUAUUUCGUCAUCGUCAUGGGAAACUAGGCAGAUAUCUUCCAGCCGCACUGGAACGGAUCAGUUUUCUGCCCGUGCCAAACUUACAGUUCAUGGUAGGAUCACAGUGAGUGCCACCUCGCUGCGUGCGAUGUUGGCGGUAGCCUUUCGUGUUUGAAAGAUUUUCUCGGAGCAGACUUUACGAAAAGCUCGUACCUGAGGUCGUCCAAAGCCGCGCAGCUGUAGUUCCCAUACAUUGCAAACAUCAGCUGUUCUACUGCCUGUGCUGUUAAGUCUUGAGAGGCUGACGGUUUAACAAAUUCAGCAGCUUGCACUUUAAGAUGUGGCUGUUGCUCCAUAUGGUUUAGUGAUUUCCUUUUUCCAUAGCCAAGAAAAAAGAGGAUUGUUAUCAUGUACUGUGAAGGCAAGGCAGAAAAGUGCAGAUCCAGAAUCGAAACUGAUAUAAUUACUAGAGUACCACACUCUCUCUUCCCAGUUUAUGAAACUAUGGGUUGUUCUACAAGUCUUCUCUACCGGCUAGGAGAACAAGCACGCCUAUGUCCUCGCUUAUGAUUGCCACAUUGUCAGACUCACUAACUUGGGAAAGAGCUGUUCCACAAUUAAUGAAUCGGCAUACUCUUCUCCCUGUAACACUUGAAUACCUACAUCCUCAAAUUUCCUCAUGAACAUUAAAAGCAAGUCGUUCUCGUUGCUCUUAUGCUCUUGUGCGACUGGAGCAUUUGUGUGUUCAUCGAAAAUGAUGUCUGAUGAAGAACGCGGUGUCCCUAAACGGCCAGUUCUUUCACAAUAGUUUCUUCCCCUUUGCGUAGCACCUCUUACAUAGGCAAAAAUUUAAGAGUUGAACGAUUUAAUUUCCCGAUCCAUUGUUAUUGUCAGACUCUACAGCGGUGCAGGGAGAGACUGCCAUGAUUCCUCCCGUGGAAAGGAAAGCAUUCAACCCGUCAAUCUUGCAGAUGUUAAAAUCGGCGUUGUCAGAGAUGCGCUGGAAGAAUCCUUCGCUGGUUAUGGUUAGGUUGCUCAAGUCGCGCAGUCAAGGACGUCUCAAAUAGGGAAGCUUCUAUUAUUGGAGCUGCGCAUCCAAUUGCACUAAAAGCGUCGACAAUAAGUCUUGAUCCGGAUCUGUUGUAUAUGACUGUACUGAGCCCAUUCAAUAGUGAAGAUAGAAAUGACCGUGACCUUUCUUCGGAAAUCAAUGAAUGUGACAAAGCAACUCUUUUCUUAUUUACCUAGAGUUUAUUUUAAACUUAAAAAGAAACAACAAACUGAAAUUCCUUUGACUUUCAAGUGUGCAAACGCUUAAUAGUGCCAAAAACAGAAAAAGUAGAUGCCUUGUAACAGGAAAUUUCACACUCUACAAUUUUGAUAACUCAACAUUUUUGAACUGCAGUAGCAGUUUUUGAAUUACAGGCGUUGGAACCGACUUUUUAGCUAAGCUGGUAAAAAUGAACGAAACUUGACAACUCAUUCCGGCCAAACGACUGCUCCUAUUUUGGUAUUUCAGUAGCUCAUUCGGCGAAAAUUUAAUUCGGUUUCUUUGAGGUAAGGGCAACAUUUUCAGUACGCUGCUUUGUUUCCGAGUAAUAGACGAAAACCUGAAAAAAGUGCCAAUAUUUUUUGGUUUUUUUGGCCACAAAAAGUUGUACCGAGGGUUUCUGAGGUCGAAAACUUGGACUCAACGUAGCGUUAACUCCGUACACAAGAUAAAAUUGAAUCUUCUACCUCAUUUUUUGCAAGCAAAAUGCCUUUUUUGUGACGCCGUUACUAGGCUAUAUGCCGAAUCACUUUCACCUGGCACCCGCCUUACAGUCCUAAAUUACACCCGUCUAUCGUUCGGUACGUCAGCCGAUGGUGCAAAAUUUUCCUUUGUUAUGAAUCUAGCAAAAUGUUUUAACACAGUUAUGCAGUCCCUAAAUGUUCCUUUCGAGCUAUCAGAUGUAAGUGGGGCCUGUAUCUACAAAACGUCGGAGGUUUCGCAAAAGGAUCGUGGCCAGUUGAAUGUACAUCGUAAGAUCCAUAUACGACACAAGUAUUAAUUAUUAACACCAAUUCCACUCCAUACAGUGUCAAAAAUUAUAAAAGCUGCACGUUAUAAGUUUGGGUCGAAGGGCUCUGAGCACUUUCUAUCGUAACGCAGAUUAAUAAUCGAUGUACAGAAAAUUAAUCUGGUGCAGCUAUUCCAUUGCAGAAAUAACUAAAUUACUAUUAAGAAUACGGUACUGAAAAUUCUAUGCUAUCGAUAAAUCAGUCAACGUCAGACUGGGUACAGCACACCACAAAGAUACAGACAACUCCUUCUUCGGUUCUUGACCCUUAGUAGUUUAUAAGAUAUCUCCUUCUCCUCUCCCCUAAAUUCUGUCCUUCCUCGAGUGCCAAAGAUGUAGAGGAGAAGUGCGAUUAUCGCAGUUGCAAAAGGCCGCAGUCUGAAGGGACCUUCCGUAACACUUGUUGUAACCGCUCUGUGACGGGUGUUGACAAAUGCACAGUGCCAGUGAAAGAAGUGGUGGCAUAUAUACUUGUCCUGGUUGGAUACAGUGUGACAAGAGCUCGAUUCUUGUCAUGUACCCAUGUGUGAAACUCGCCUCAUACUGAAGCGUGCUGCUAUCUUGGACCACUGAGCUCUAGAAUGGGACAACAGCGUACUGCAGUGCCCAACGGCCAGAUUAACAGACAUGGCUGGCCCGUAAAUAUCCUGUGGGUGACUGCUGUGGCCAGCAUGACACCAAUGCAGCACCACACUGAAUAUAGAAAUUAUUAAUUGAAAGUGGCAAGUGGUCAGAGAUAAAUUUCGGAAUUCCACCUGAAUGCUGGUGAGCUCGUCUGCCAUGAGACCGCAAUUAAAUGAAGUCAGAUAUUGUUGAGGUCUUCAGUGCUUUUACGUCCCAAGUAGAAUACUGGCUGCAAUGGUGCCAGCCUUCUGCCUGAGAUGUUGCGCACACGAAAGCCUCAAACGUCCACCUACUACAAGCACAUCCAUCAAACAUUACAUUUACGAGCCCACCAUGCCCUGCCACAGAGACAGCUGUCUUCCUCUACGCGCCUGUGUAAUUCUUGCAGGCGAGGGAACGAAUUUAGAAUUAAAAAGAAAACAAAAUAAAAGUUGUACAGUAAAAUUGCGUGAUUCACAAAAGACUUGGCUAAUAUGAGACAAUAAAAUAUUAAAACCUGACCAUACUGCCAGGCUGCUCGAAAGCGGCCACAGUAAUACAAAAAAUCGUCUUAACCUUGGGAAAAAUUUAAAACUAAUGAGCUGCAAACAGCUACUGCUGUAAAUAUAAAAUUAGUGCAGAUUUCAUACCAUUAUCAUUAUUUUUGUGUUCUUCUCGCUGCUCCACUUCCCCUUGAGCAGCAGUGGCAUACAGUAUGGAACCUUCACAAUGCAGUGGCUUUGUGAGAAGUCCAUGUACGGACACGAUAAGCCUGUUUAGCUACAGCGCGAACAGUCCUCGUAUGAUCGAGUGUUCUAAUAAAGAAGAAAAAAAGUAAAACCGAAAAUAAGAAAAGAGCACCAAAUAAUGAGUUUCUCGAAAGAGAAGCCGACAUCUAAUUUGUAAUGUUGAAUACACAGCCGUGAAAGCUGUGUGUUGACCUCGUGAUCAAAUCGUAUUACUGUCCUGCAACAUCUUAGGGCAGACGAUGAAACCAGCCGAGCCUCACAGCGAAACCAGUUAGGCCGACGUCGUCUGACAGCUUGCGGUCAAGUAUGGCAGCGUCCGAAAUUCCGGCCCUGUUACGGGAUGAAGCACGUGCUGGUAUCACUGCCAUUUAGAGCUCCUGCUGUUUCUGCCAUAAGCGCCAGAAGUGACUGUGAUGCUCCGUGCAAUGUCCUCCGACAUUGCCCAUGUGCUGAAUGUGCGACGCCCACUCAGAAACUGAAGAUUCUUUGCUCGUACAUAGAUAACAAUUAAGCGUUUUAAGAAACAGAACGCAUGAAACGCAAUGCUUGAUAUAUAUUUUGCUAAUGCGACACGACAGUCUUGAGGCAUAUAUGUAGUUCAAAACCAGUUUUCCCAAUUUCCAAAUGUCUUUGGCAGACACAUAACAGCUUCAUCUCUUUAAAUGGAAAAAACAACAAAUAAAAUAUUUUCAUCUUUAUUUCCUAAUUCGGCGACAAAGUUUUGAACAUUUAUUUAAGUAUUGAUUUUAUGUAGCUUUAUGGUUAACAUUUUUUUUCUGAAACACUUACGUGUUUUGUUACUGCUGAAAGUAAGUUCCUUAUUGCUAGAUACUGAAGAUAAAAUCUCACUUGGACUAAUACAAAAGCAAAAUCUCUUCUUACGAUUAUAUAAUAGUAAUGCUGACCAUAUUCGAUAAAUGACGUCUACGUCUAUGCUAAACAUGUCAAAUUAUUUAUCAGAAAAAUUAAAUUGGAAAGGUAUUUUUUUCUAAGCUUUCUUACCAAUUUUCUGUUGACGAACGCUCGCUGUAACGUAUUGCAAAAAUAGCGCUAACAUCACACAUCCCUCAACAAACAUUCACCUACUCUCAGAGAGAUGCGUGCUCCACUGUAGGCUGUUCCAGCGGUGCCCCCGUGCUGUAAGGCCGCUGAGGGAGAGGCCGUAAGGUGACUGGCAAGCAUGCGCAGCGAGGUCAGGUUACCCGCAGGGUAGCCACAUUGCACUAGUCUUGCGCAUGCGCAAACCACUGGGUCACUCCAGCCCGAGGGCACGCGACCAGGGCAGUGCUGAAGAGCACACUGCAGCCCGGGUGCCCGCGAGUCAACUGUUUCCCCACCCACGCCCACUGUUAACUGCGGGUCGGCACACGACCUGGAGCAGCCUACUACAGUGACAAAGAAAACAAAAAAAUAAUUUUAAUUACAGUCCUGUAUCGUAUUUCAAGACAGAUUUUUACACAAAGUUCAGUCCAGCAUUUUCGAAUAUCAGUAUAUCUCAUUUUUCACUUGAUCGUAAGAAGAUUUGUUACUUCUAACAAUACUGAAUGACAAAGUAUUUAAUUAUCUGUGUACGAACUCUGUAGCUUGACAUAAUAAAGUCAAUCUGCAAUCUGUAGCUUAGAAAAGAAGUUUUCAGUAAGAGAAAUCUUGUUCAGAUGUAUUCUUAUUCGUAACAUUUCUGUAACAUAUGUAUUUUUUUUCAAUAGGAAAACGCGUUAGACUGGCUCAUGUAGCUUUGAGUAGACUACGUUCCUUGUAUUUACAACCGUCGAAAAUCUGUGUAUUUGUGCUGAAUUUACGUAAAACUUGUGUUACCGUAUAGUACAGGAACACUAAAAGGUAAAAGGAAUUUAUUAUCCAGAUGAACCUACAGCUCUAGAACUGGACAACAUAGUUUUGGAAACGAACUGUUGUCCCUGCACUUAUUUCGUGGUUUUUGUUGGACAUUCGAAUCCUGAGCUCUUGAGUGAAACGCUGUUAAAAAUUUACAUUUAACCUUCAUUAUAAUGCAGCAAAAUGGCGACAUCUAAAUACAUCACCACUGUCAGUGGUUCAGACAAUUUCUGAUGAUGUACAAAGUACGUGACAAUACACAGUUUUAUAUCUGUGAAACUAAAUGCUCUAUGUAUAUAUUUGAUUAAUUUUGUAGGUACUGUUGUAAAACUUGUGAGUUGAAACUUCCCUGCUAUUUCAAAUGGACUCUUAACACCAAAGUAUUCAAUUUUUACAUGUCAGUGGAGUCUUAACCAGCAGUAUCUAUUUUGAUAUGUGUAAAUAGUAUUUCUUGGGAAAUAUAUAUCAAAGUUCUUUGAUAUAGUUAUACAUGUGAUAUUUAUUUGAUGGAAUUCCUCAAGUUAUCUGAAUGAAAUUAACAAGAUAUGCCACUGUGGAGAGUUAACAUUUUUGGUUGUGAAAUAACCUCGGACAUUACCGAUUGAAGACAACAGACGUAGACUGAUGUACAUUGUCCCAAUACUAACACUACACACAGUAGUGCUCAACGUGCAACUCAUACGGCCAGUUUUCAACGUCUGAUUUCUAUGGCGGUAACUGUAAUAAUAAUAAUGAAGUAAGGAUUAUAUUCACAAAAUUCAACUGAUUCUUUAAUGUGAAACUAAUCUAGUGAAUGUCCCAAAACUCCCUGGAAAAAACUCUUCAGUGGUUGAAACUGUGAUAAUUUAAGUCAAUAACAAAUAUUUGCUUGGUAUCGAGUUGUUUAACUUGUUUUACUUGCAUAAAAACUACAAAUUAGUUAAAGAACAGGCUAUUAUAUUUAAAAUUUAGUUUUGUUCUUGUUUACAUCUCAUGAAGACUGAAUAGACAAAGUUCUAUAAAUAUGAAACUGUAGUAAGUUAUUGUAUUUUUCUAUAUAUGAUGUUGAAGAUAUUGUCAGUUACCAAAGUCACAAGUGCUGGUUCAAAGAACAGCAAAAUGAAUUUAAUUAGCAAUUUUAUAUUGGUGUUUGGGCUAUUGAAACUGUUAUAUAGACAUAAAUUUCAUAGCUUAAUUAUAUUUUAAUUUUUUUUUUCUUGGGAUAUCUCAUCAAAUGUAAAUCCAAUAAUAUGUAAUAAAUUUGUACCUGAAUACAUGUUA